GCAGUUCGGAGUUGUUGCUGAGGAGGUUCCACUGUUCAGCACAUACCGUUAAAUUGGCAUGCAUCCUACGCUUGGGUCCUGAGUAGCAGGAGACUACACUGAUUUUGAAAAUGUUACCGUCUUAUCACCGGAGUUACCUUGGACAGCAGGGCAGGGUCGCUUUAUUUCACCUUUUGUGCAGUAUUACAGGUGUUUGGGGCAGUCAGGUGGUGGUGCCUCAGAGGGUGAAUGCUGUGUUGGGGAAGAAUGUGACAUUAGAGUGCAGAGUGGAGGUGGGCACAAACCUUACUCUUACUCAGAGUUCCUGGGAGCGCCGUCUGCCUUCAGGCUCUGUCACAGUGGCUGUCUACAACCCACGGUAUGGCAUCUCUAUCCCUCCAGAGUUUAUUCAUCGCUUGUAUUUUCGCUCACCUUCCUCGCAUGAUGCCACCAUUGUCCUGGGAAACGUAGGCUUUGCUGACGUCGGGAUCUAUACCUGUAAAGUUGCCACAUUUCCUCUAGGAAACACUCAAGCCUCCACUACUGUCAAUGUACUCGUGGAGCCGAAAGUCUAUGUGUCUGCAGGUUCAACUGCCCUGAUCGACGGUGGCAACGAUACCGUGGUGGCCACCUGUAUUGCUGAGCGGGCCCGGCCCCCUGCUGAGGUGUCCUGGGAGUCCAACCUUUUUGGCCAGUCAGAAGUGCAGCUAUUUGACGAAGCCAACGGCACAACCAGCACACAAGUGAGCUACCUCUGGCAGCCCACACGUCACGUCCAGGGCCACACACUCACCUGUGUGGUCCGCCACCCGGCUCUGCAGAGUGACUUCAGGAUCCCCUACCAGCUCAAUGUGCAGUUUGCUCCUGAUAUCUCUGUUGUGGGCUAUGAUGGAGACUGGUAUGUGGGUCGGGAAAAUGUUCAAAUGACGUGCAAAGCCAACGCAAACCCACCGGCUAAUCACUUCAGAUGGAUCAGAUUGGACAGUGAAAUGCCAGCAGGGGUGGAAAUCAUGAACAGCACUUUGCUCUUCCUGCGUCCCCUCCAGCGGAAUGACUCUGGAGUUUACAGGUGUGAGGUUGCCAAUGACAUCAACCUCCGCAGUCGGGAUGUGCGCAUUCUCAUACAAGAUCCUCCCACCAUGCCUUCCACCAUUACUGCUCCUGUCCUAACUGGCUCUGCCUCAUCCACCUUAGUCGAUGAUAAGGGACAUGUUCUUCUCAGCUCCCCCACACUUGAAGCCCUACCUGAGAGUAAUCUUGGUUCCAUAGUGGGUGGGGCCGUGGGCGGGGCCUUGUUCCUGCUACUGCUGCUGUCUCUGGUUGGCGUGUGUUACCUACGGAAACAGCAAACCUUCCACGGCAACUACUACACCAAGCAGUACCUGGGCCCCAAUGACCUCCAGAAAGCCCCCACGCAGCAUGAGCUCCACCCUACCAAAGCUGGCAGCAGCUCGCACCAUCAGGACCACGACCGAGAGGAGUGGGGCGACCGCCAGCUCAAACUUGAGCGUGACCGUCGUCACCUUAGCAACUUCAACGGCGAGGAGUAUCCCUCUAAUGGCUACACGAGGGCAAUGAGGGAGAGCAGUCACCACAGCCAUCAGCAGAAUCACCAUUGUGAACACGCACAGUAUUCUAGUCCACAGCAGGCCAGACAUGCUAGAUACCCUCAUUCACCUAAACCACAGGGAAACGGCUCCCCCUACCUCUCAGAUGACUGCUACGAUAGCGGGCCCGAGGGGGACUAUGUCUCUCACAAAGACGGGUCUGUCAUCUCACGUAGGGAGUGGUACGUUUGACAAGCUACCUGGUCCUCCCGGAGCAGAGAUACGACAGAAAUCAGAAGGUUUCAUAUAUCAAAUUAGGAACAAACGCAUCAUUUCUCUUUUGUACGCACAUGCACACUUCUACUAAUCUCAACUCUGUAGUUCCCUAGUUUUGUUCAAGCGUCCUGGUUGAUACUUGAGACAUGAUGUUUCUGUUCUCGAUAUAGACAGACUGUGGACUGCACAGCCACUUUUGGCAGUCAACAUCUACAUGCCUACAGAAGUGUGUGUGUGUGUGUGUGUGUGUGUGUGUGUGUGUGUGUGUGUGUGUGUGUGUGUGUGUGUGUGUGUGUGUGUGUGUGUGUGUGUGUGUGUGUGUGUGUGUGUGUGUGUGUGUGUGUGUGUGUGUGUGUGUGUGUGUGUGUGUGUGUGUGUGUGUGUGUGUGCGUGUGGAGACUAACUAAAGUUCAUGUAUGUGCUGUCUCUGCCUUACUACAUAGACUGCCAAUGUAUUUAGCAUCACUAAUGUCUUUCAGUUGAGUUGAAGCGCUGGAGGCUCACAGAUCACAUAUGGUUGUUGUAGAAGAAAGCUUUUUUUGUUUCUACCGAAUCAGCCUUCUCAGGCUAUGUGACACUUGCUGACAUUGUAUUUGUAUGUGUUAUGGCCUACACUGAUUUUGUUUAAAAGACCUCUGACCUCUCAGUAUGAGGGGCUGGUAUUCAAGAAUGGUACAAACCCGUUGACGGAACGUAAAUCCAUUAAAUUCAGAGGGUUGCCGGUCCUUUUUUCCAAAUAUCAGUAGGACACAGUAGAGGCAUGUAGGCUAAUUUAAAAAAUGAAUUAUCCCACUUAGAAGUCAGAAUAACUUCAUGACUGAUGAUCUCUCUACACUGAUUCAUAGUCAUAAAAUGUGUUGCACUGCCUUUUGCAAAACUUUAUAAUGGACAACCACAUCAUUUGUUUUCUACUAAAAAUGUAUACCUGUUAUGUAACUUACAAUGAUGGGAGACUUGUGCGCUUGAGGACUUGACCGCCAACAUCCUAAUGUUCUUUAACACUUACUGGCUUAGAGUGGGAACCUUCAGAGCAUUUCUGCUGUAAGACCUUAGCUCAUCUUUUGUUUCCAGGAGGGAGGGAGGGAGGGAGGGAAGGAGGACGACAAGAGGACAAGAAGGGAUGUCUGUAUGAGUGAGGCACCAGCAAUGUAUCACCAGACUGGGUUUAUCAAAGAGUCAAGCCUCAAUAUGCAAAUUUGCUACAAAAGUCUGCAAGUUGGAUAAGCUGGAAUAAUAUUACUUCUGUUAACAUUUGUGUGAUUUAUUGAUUUUUGGGAAGUGUUUCAAGUUGGGUGUCCUCUUGAUGUAGCCACAAACACAUUCUACUGUUGUCUACCAGAUGGUAACGGAUGUGUUUGAGAGUUUGCACUCUAGCACUAACCCAGAACUCUUGGAAAUUCAAGAGUGCUAUCAGCAGGGACUUGUUGAAAGCGGGCUACUGUAUGGCAGCCACCAUACGCUGGUCUCCUAGUCACAGUAUUUUGUUAUACAAAGAACUCAUUCAAAAGUGAAGCCAGUACACACAAUGUACUAAUUUGACUACUUUGAGUAAUCUGUAGAAAAAGACAUGGCUGUGUCACAAUCUGAGGCAUUAAGGCUUAUUGUUGCAUAUCCACGUGUGAAACUGCACACUAAUCAUGUUCACCAGUUGUUGUCUUUUAUUUUUUUUAAAUUUUUUAAGCAUUUAUUAUAACUACCAGUAUUAUGAAAUAAUACAUUAUGUAGAUAAAUCAGGUCAUCUGUGAUGGAUGUGCUGUCACUGUCGCCAGUGGUUAUCAAAGCCACAGCGCAGUGCUUACUCGUCAGAUGAGACAGACAAUAUUUUGUUGCACUGAUCAUUAAAGCGUUCAUUCAUAAUUUUCCUUUUGAAUAUCUAUAAAACACCUUUUUUUUUCAAAUGAAUUUCUGGCUGGGUUUACAAUUAAAUCUUAAAUUUGAUUGCUAAUCAAGACUCUCAAACGUUGCAGGACUUACCAAGUACUGUGAUUGAACUGAGGAAUUUACAUAUCUGUGUCAUUGGGCUGCGGCCCCAAUAGUUCAGGUGUUGGAUAAAGGUACUUUAGAUUUAAAGAUGAAUUUCAGUUUUUGUAGGUGAUAAAAUACACCAAACAGCAUGGAGGAGAUCUACCAAUUUCUUUCAUGUACACCAGUGUUUGUGAUUAUAUGCCAACUUUAGUAGUAUGGUCACAUAUACAAUAUUUGCUGCAAGAUGCCAAAUAUUUGAACUUGUAUGUAUAAAUAUGAUGACAGUCGCACAUAAGUAUUGCGGACUAUCUAACAACUGAUUAUAAGCUUAUAUAAAAUGUAUCACUGUUGUAUACAGGGUCUUGUAGCCUGAAAUAGAAGUGAAAAGAUGCUUUAGGCCACUUUAAUAUUACAGUAACAGUCGUCAAAAUGGGAAUUAGUUAUAUAGCUUAUGAACCCUCACUACUUUUUUGUCGGAGUGUGAAUUUUGUGCAGUGAAUAGGCUGCAAUUCUCAUAGUGAGAUUUGAUAAUGUGCCACUGUUAACUUGCAAGCAGAGAAAAUGACCCCCAUACUGCAGUUUGUGUUGUUUCAACUGUUGUUUCAAAUGAUGUGCAGUACACCAUUUUAAUAAGUACCUUAAGUUUUAGUUCACUCGCAAUUACAUUAACAUAAUUCCCCAAUUACCACUAGUGGUGUACAGAAAGUUUUGGUAUCUGUUGCCUAAUACACUCUGGAUAUUCUUCAGAACACACUCUUUCUUUGGUAUAAUUUAAUAUCAAUGAAAAACAUCACCCAAAGAAACCACAACAGUGUUUCUGGAAAAUUUCUUUAAUGCAAUAUGUCAAUGUCUUGAGCUCCACAAACAAACAAAAUUUCCAUCCACCUUUUAUUGUAUUGAAGUGGAUGUAAUGAAAUCUGUGUAAAUUUGACAAACCUGGGUUAAUCUAAAACUAUCUGCAUUAUUUCAUACCGCUUCAUGCAAGUCAAAACGUGUUUCUUAGUCAUUUGGGUGAGCCGACCCUUUUAAUGGGAGUGCCCAAACUGAAGUGUACAGGUGGCAAUUUGUGAACCAGAAAACCUCAUUUAGAUUGCUGAAUUAAAACUAAUGUUUUGGUGCUGGGCGUUCUGCUGAUGCCUAUUCUUUCUGCCUUUCUGGUCACUUUAACAUAAAUGCAGAGAAUAACAGGAAGCACGGCAGACUAACCCCUUCUUGUGUUUGCUUCUAUGCACUAAGACGGAAAUUCCACUAAUCAAUAUAAAAUUUUUGCUUGACUCGUCAGUUUGCAUCCUGGAUUAAUGAAGUUCUUUUGUACUGUGACAUUUUGUAUAAAGAUCAGUCAUCAAUAUAUUUACCUUCAGCAAUGUCCUUCACUUUGGGUUGAGAAAUACAACUAGUGCCUUAGAUACAUAGAAGAAAUUUUAGUGUUUUUCAUUGUUUACUUAUGGAUCUAAGAACCUGUUUUGUUGCUCUGUGAGAUUUAUUUGUUGCCUCUUUUUUUUGUUUUCUCCAUACUGUGUCAGGAGGACUCGUUGUGCCAUAUUAUACAUAACUUUUCUGCCCGUUAUCAUAACCGUUAAUGACUCAGUAUACUGUAUUUGCAAACCUAGAUGCAUUAAAACACACACACACAAAAAGACAAAGCUUGAAUGAAUGUUGAUGUGGAAUUAGUUAGAGCAGUUCACAAGUACUGUAUCUGUCAGGGGUUUAUGGUUUCUGUAGAAUCACUGUUGUUCAAAGAGCUGAAGAAUUAACUUUAGUCUCACAUUGUCAAUGAAAAGCACCUUGUGGUCAUGUGUUGUUUUUUUUGUAUAUAAACAGAAGAAAAUGUAAGUUUCUGGAAGGGGGAAAAAAAAAUAUUUAUGUCGGUGACAACAGUGAAGCAUUAUUUUGUCAAUCUUUUUGAGAUACUUCAAUAGUUCAAUAAAGCACCUUAGCACCUGUGA